GGCAUACUAUGAUACUCUGGAGCAAGAAGAUGACAGACCGGUUUGACCAACACAAAAUGUUCAAUCCGUCUACUGACAUUCAAUAUUCGCCGAUCAAGGUGAAUGACGCGAUCUUCGAGCGCGUGGAGGCGGUUGGCAAGAUUAUUGGGAUUUCGAUCGACAGCAUUCAAUCGUUGGUUGUACUCAGCGGCUCUGUCAUGCAUGUCAUGGAGACGUUCAUGAAGGGCUCGGACGUGCUCGCUGAGACUAUUCGGACUGCGGUCAAUGGCACUGAGACGAGGACUAAGACCUCGAAAGCCGUGGUCGAGGUUGUGGACGCUUUGUUCAAGCUCUCCAAGGCGCUCGUCGAGAUUGUCCGAAAGUCGAUCAAUAUGGCUGAAGCGUGGACUAAAACCGUUGAACCCUUGCGUCAAAUCUUCGCUUUUUGGUUCGAGGACCCCGAGGCGCUCACUAAGGCUGCGGGGAUUGCGGUCGACGCCGUUGAGGCGGUCCUCAAGGUUCCUGAGACGUUCAUUCAGGCUGCCUGGAUUACGAUCGAUUUGGUCGAGACGGUGCCCAAGAUUGUCGAAAUCCUGACUGAGAAUAUUUACCUUUUGCUCGAGACUCCUUAGACGGUCGCUAAGACUGUUCGGAGUGCGGUCAACAGCGUCGAGGCGAGCGCCAAGAGUGUUAAAGUUCUCUCGCAGACGACCAAAGCUUUGGUCCAGGGUUCCAAAACGCUCGUUGAGACUAUUGGGAUUGCGGUCAAUAUUAUCUAGGCGUGUCCCGAGGCCGGCGUUAGACUGUCUGAGAGUGGUAAACUCCAACUCUAGCGCUCUGAAGUCCUCACCCAGUUGCCGAGUAUCCGCGAGAAAGCCUUCGAGGCGAUGGUUGAGAUUGUUGGCGAACGUUGUGAGCCUAUCGCAUUAAUUAGUGAUUCACGAGGAGACGGAUGACUCUAGCUAACAAUUCUGCCAUCGCUCCUUAGUCAUAUCUAGUUUUCCCGGGGCCAGGUAUUGUAAGGACUCAGUACUGAGAUUGGUGUACCAGAGACGGACGGUACUUUGAUGUUAGAUCGUCUAUGAGGCCGAUUAAGCCAUGACUAGGAAUGGCACGAGUGACAACCCGUCUUACCCUCAGGAAGACAAAAUGAACGUCUGGUCCACACAGUAUUUGAUUCGGUGCCUUCGCGCUGCUUGUCACACCUGGUAGUGGUGCAGGCCAAUAAUCGAUCGACAC